UUAAGUCGUCCUUAAAACAAGAGUUUACAAUGGAUGGAGACGAAGGAAUCGACUUUCAAAAGCUAGAGAAAGAAUUCAACUUAGCUGUUGAAGCUGACGAGAAGUAUAAACGAGAAAAUGCGGCCAAGUUCCGAGCAGUCGAGCAGCGCGUUGGCAGYUACGAAGAGUUCAAGGAUAUUGUUGCUGCUUCUCAUUUGAAGCCUCUGGAAAAGAAAGAUAAAAUAGACCAAAAGAAGAUGAAGCAACCUUGGAAUUGUCUCGCAUCUAAGAAAACAGACAUCAAGACACAGAUUUCUUCAUCAUCUGUAGUGAGUAGGUCCUCGGAACUGCAACUUACUCCUCACAACUUUUUAAAAACAUGGAAACAUGAACUCAAAAUAUGUCAAGACAAAUACCACUACCUCUGCAAAGUUGGUGGGGUAAAUCUGGGGAAAAUAUUUAAAAACGAGAUCUCUAUGGGACUGCUAGGGGAGUUUUUAGAAGUCCUUGAGCAGUGCCAUCAGAAACAAGACACUGAAAUCAUUCUCGACCUACUUUGGCACUUAUCUACAACCAAACGGUUUAAUCUGUCAUUAGAUUUCCUUAGCAGUAAAGAAAAAGGGUUGUUACAAGAUUUAUUUCAACAUCUGAAUCAUCUAAUCAAUGAUAGUGGAUCUCAAGAUUAUAUCAACAGUAAAGAUAAAUUACAAGAACUUUUAAGCAUUUAUAAAAUUAACUUAUGAUUUUUUGGAGGGAAAAUAACCUUAUUAAAAGAAAUAAAAAUAAAAUAAAACAGUGUGCCAAUUUAGAAGUGUUUCCACAAGUGGCUCUAUAUCCUUCCAAUAAAUUCAAAUUAUUCAACUGGAAGAAAAACCUUGAAGAAGCAACUCUAUUCAUUUUCACAUACUGACUGAUUGGAAAUUGAUAUACAGUACUUCUUUCUAAAUAUUAAAAAAAUUAUAUGAUAAGUUUAAAUAUUUAUAGCAGUUUUCAAUAGAGUGCACUCACUAAAACCGUGAACAUUAAAUAGUACUAAUAAUUAGUACUAUUUCAUACAGAAUCCUUUGUUUUCUAUUGUUUAAUUAUCACUAUUUAGUGCUAAAAAUUAGUAUUUGUUUCACGGAUUUAGUGUGAGCACUCUAUUACACAAACUUGGUAAAACCAAGCUGCAUGGUGUUUGCUUUUUUGCUUCAGCCAAUCAAAACUGGUCAGUCGUGCAGUGAUAGGUUUUUGUGGAAUAGUUGGGACCCCAGUAAUUGGCAAAAGCUGUUAUGGUGUUCCUUUCCUCAAAGGAUCAAGCAAAAUAAAAUGAAAUCCUCUUUUUUGGUGGAUGGGAGAAUUGAAAAUAAGGGGACAACUAAUCAAAAGGUCCCAGUUUACCAUGACAACUAUAUAAUCUAAGAUGAAUCAAAAUAUCUAUAAUAAACGACCUGGACUCCAA